AACUGUGGGCGCUCGUUUUGAGUCCUGGCUACCACCUGCUGCUGCGGUAUUGGGAGAAUUACGUUUGAGUUAACGAGCUCCACCCAGGCGGACGGCCGUAGGGGAUAAUCUCAAGCGUCCCCCUACACACUAGCUUGAAGCGGUGUUCGUUUCGGUCUCUCCCUGCCCGCCUCCUCCGUCUCAGGUCGGUGAGCUUUACUACCGAACGACCAACACCAAGACACAUGACAUUUUAAACUCCGGUAAUUAAACUAUAAAGGUAAGUAGAUCCAUAAACCCCAGUGAAGCCGCAGGAAUGUCAAAUGAGUGCAUCUGUGCAGUUAGCUACGGUCGUGUGUGCACUGCUAAGCUAACGUGUGAUGUUAAAGAUAACAUGAGCUAAUAUCUGUCAGACAUGACACAAUACUGUGGAAGCAUUAGCUAACCUUACAUAUUAGCUAACCUACGUACCAGACAUGGCGUCUGAUGUGGAUUUUCAUUCAAUGUCAUCGAAGCCAUUUGUCAACAAGAGCUCCUCGAGUUAAUGUUACAUAACUGCAUGCAACUAAGUGAAACAUCCUAUAUUAUUUUUGCUCUCCCCCUUAUGGUGGGUACUUAUCCGGUUCAUGGGACAUGUCGUUUGCAUGGACUAGGUGUCAAAUCCACUGAGCAUAUUAGGAAUCAUUUUAAUAUCAUAUUUGUCAUUAGAUUUCAUGGAUAAUGACACUGCGUUGAACUUCUAUUUGGAAAAACUUAAUGGCAUUGCAGGCUUGUCUUUGAGAGCUUGCAAACAUGCAGGGCGUUAAGAUAUCUGCUUUAAUGUAGUUGUUUUUGACACUGUUGCCUUUGUGUUAGAGCUGUUGAGAUUUAUUAAACCUGAUUCUCCAUGUCUCUCUGUUUGUUGUGUCUGCAGGCUGGAUGAGUGGGCCAACCUUCUCCUCGCCCUCUGUAGAGGUGGCUGAGAUGAACCGUAUACAUUAUGAGUUGGAGUACACAGAGGGCAUAAGCCAGCGCAUGCGAAUCCCAGAGACCCUCAUGGUGUCCUCAGAAAAGCAAACAGGGUCUCUGCCACUCCAGCAUCCCCUGCCAGCUCACGCAUCCAUCAUGCAGGUGCCAGAGAGGAUUGUGGUUGCAGGUGAGAGCUGCAGACAAGGACUUCAUUCAAAGAGAGGAUGGCAGAAAAACCCUUAUGUAAAUGAUUAUACCGAAGCCUAAAACUGAUUCAGAAGCCCACAGGUCACUACACUGUUGUCCCUCAAAAUGAUUUUUAUGAUUUUCCUCUCACAUUGACAGGUGAUGACGGGGAUGCUUUGUUUUCUCGUCCUCGAGACCUGGACCUGAUUCAGUCCAUCCCCCCUAUGGAUCUUCUAAACAUGAAGGCCCCACCUCGUGUCCUCACUCUUUCUGAGCAGCCUCUGGACUCCCUUGAAACUGAACAAACUCCCACCUCACAGAGCAACUCCAGCCAGGCUGUAAGCAUCAGGAAUUAGCAUAGCUUGACUCUGAUCUUGGUAGUGCUUUACCAACAUGAUAUCCCAGCAUUAUAUGAUGAGAAAGAUGUAGCAGGCUGGAGCCAAACAGUCAAUAGACAUAUGGCUUUUGUAUAAUGUUAUAUCUUCAUUUACCUAUUAUAAUACAUUAGCCACAACUCCAACUUUAAAAUCACAUCAAUGUUAAACUGGGAUUUCACGUAGAACAAAGUGUCUGUACAAAAAAUUAAUCAUUCUUCAACUUAAGUUGUUAAGUUGUUAAUGAGCAACAUCAUACCAACAGUAGAGGAGAGUAUGAAGAAAAGUGCAGACGACAUAAAAAACCAAACUGAUCAAACAGCACCUAUAGUCAGAGCCCUCUGCUUGUGUUUUGAAUUUGCUAAAGAUUAACCCAAAGAUGACAAGCUUUACACAAAUUUAAGGACAGAUUGCUUAUCAACAAAAGAAUCUAAACUAUUACCUAUCUCUAAAUCUUAUCUUAGUAGUAGUUAUUGGGGUGCAAUUUGAAAACAAAAGCACAAACAGGAUUUUAAAACACAGGCCAGUCUUGAAAUUAUAGAGUAACAUUAGUCCAGUAACGUUAGGUCUCUAGUAAGGCAAGACUAAUUGCUGCUGGCAUGCUUGCAGAGACUAGCCUGAUUUGAGGGAUAAACCUACAAUAAUUGUUUUUACCUUUUAAACUAUUGAUUUAUUUCAAAUCUGUGUGUCAUUCUUAGGCCCAAGUUCAUGCUCGAUCUCGAAGGGAGCGCAGUGCGAGUGAGAACAUGGGUGGUCGUCACAGCAGAGUUGACAUGAGGUAAGUGCUCAUCUAUAUUCCAGACACCUGUUUCAUUGAUGCUGUUUUUCAGUCAGAGAUUCUAUUUUUAUCCCUUGUUUGGUUAAAAAUAUUCCCUUCCUUUGCUGUCUCUCUCCACUCAUCCUCUUGUCUCCCUGCCAGCGUAACCCCUUCCCCUUCUGCCCCUCCAGUACGCUUGUGUCCCCCCCUCUGUUCUCCAGAGGAUGCAAACAUCAACCUAUUCACAGCUGCAGGGUUCCUGUCGUAUGUCCAGUCAACAACACGCCGGGCUUAUCAGCAGAUCCUGGAAGUGCUGGAUGACAGCAACCGCAGGUGAAUCCUUUUUUGAAACUUGUACAUGAUCAAGAUGAGAAGUAAGAUUUGUGGAACAUUGUGACUUAAAGGAGAGGUCAAUUCUGUUGUUAGAAGAUCAUCUUGAUAUUCAUGGGGUUAUGUAGCCCUAACUCACUUUCUAGUCCUGUAACCUGUGUGAUAUGGAGGUUGUUUUUAACAGUCUUCUCUUGUCAGCUGACCUUAUUUGUGUCGUCAUUUUUGGGCUGUUCAGUGCAGGGCAGAAACAAUAUAAGAUCACUCUUUCCAUUGUGUGCUUGGAGGAAAUUAGUGUUGGAAUAAAUCUUCCAUGUCAUGAUAGUUUCUGUUGCUGUGCAGUUACUUGUCUAGACUGUUUUUAUUAUGAAUUUUAUAUUUAUGAUGAAUUUAAACUGAGUUAUGUUGAUCUUCAAAGGACACAUCUGGACCUGGCCCUUGAUAUGAACCAUGAUGAGUCUGGUCUAAUGGAUGCAUCCUCUCUGCGAAGACAGGUAUACCAUUUCUCAGAGCAAAGGAAAGCCCAUGUGGCUUAAAAGUGAUUACUAUGCUUCACCUCAGCUUUGGUUUACAUCUUGUCCUAUUUUUAGGUGUAUAGUUUAUUAGGAGUAGGGCACUGGGAGGACAUGCUACCACAACAAGCUUAAGCAUUUUGAACCCGGCUGACAACAAAGGAUGCUGGCAGAGAAGCACACAGCAAAUGAUUAAUGAAAAAGGCUUGUUAGAGAUACUUGGUCAUAGACAGAAUGUUCGAAAAUGAAAUCACAAAAUGAAAUACAUAACAAAUAUGAGUACCACUCACAUACUUGGUUUAAUUGGCUUACAUGCUCUCUUUGUAAUUAGCACUAUUGUUCAAAUGCUGUCAAUGUGCCAGAAAAUGGUUAUCAUACAUGCAUACUUUGUACCACACAAGUACUUAAGUGUAAAAUGUUUUUCAUGUUGUCAUUCAGAUAGUGAAGCUGAACCGGCGUCUGCAGCUGUUGGAGGAAGAAAACAAAGAACGCUCCAAACGAGAAGUGAUGCUGUAUUCUGCAACAGUUGCUUUCUGGCUUAUUAACACCUGGCUUUGGUUCCGACGCUAGGAUGGGAUGAGACGGAGUCUCCCAAAACACUGGAAGCCAAAGCAUUUCCUUGUUAGAGGUGACCAUUGAAAUUCAGAUGUAGUUUUUCCAAAUCUUAAAAUCUAAAAUCAAACACUGUUAACCAAAAGACAUUCAGUAAUAAUAUCCGCAAUCCUCUCAAGCUAGCUUCAUGACAGGAUUUUAAAUAGAAAAUUUGAUGCAGUCAAGACAAGAUCAGAAACAGUAAAGCAUAACCUAUGUUUACAAAACCAUUUACACACAUGUGUUGGUUUCUACUCUAAUGCUGCCUCAUCUCACUCACAUAUUUACACCAGACUACAAACUGGUUGUAAUGGCAAACAGCAUCAGAAGAGUAAGAGGUAAUGCUCAAGGCAGCAAGUCUUACAUUCAGAGUUGUAACUAUCUGUUCAAUUUCUGUGUUAACUGACAAGACAAAGCACAAUGAGACCACUAAUGUUUCUUCUGAUGCUAACUGGAGUUUAGGAGUGACGGUACAUUGCACAAAUCAUAUGGACAACAGGAGCCAGCUUGAAGUUGCAAAGGAUCUGGCAAACCUGACCAUUGUGAAUAAACACCGCAAACUUGCUUUCAUACCUCUCCACCAGUAAAAUACGCACUUCAGAUUUAUAAGCUCUAGGGACAGAUCAGAGGGUAAACAAGGAUUUACUUAAGCCAUGAAUGUUUUGGGAACUUGGCUCAAUCUAGAGCUGUAGUUACAGGACCAAACCUCAGAUCUGACCCCUCUUGUCUGCUUAAUAUAGGAGGUGUCUUAGUUUUGUCAAAAACUUCCUUUCUUAAAGUGUCAAAGUCACUUGAAUUAUUCUGGAGAUGCCAUAUUUACCCUGAAUGUCAUUUAAGUUCUGCAUAACCCAAAACAUUUUGUACAGCACGUCUCAUAUUGUUGAGAUGUUUGUAGUUUGUCCCUUCAUUAUUUUAACGUCUUUGGCGGCCUCAUUUGCCAAAAGAUUCAAUUAUAAGCUAGACAAAGUGGUGACUGGGAGAAGAAUACAUUCUUAGUAAGAGGUGCUAAGAGUAUUUUCUGUACAGUGAUGAUGUUUUCCAUGCUGUUUAUUUGAUGUAAUAAUUUUAUUUCAAGAGAAACUGACCACUUGUCUUUUUCCAUAAGCUAACUACAGAGCCACAAGCAUGGACUGUGGUUUCACUCAUCGUACAAUGUGAAAUAAAUUAAAGAGCUACUGUGUGUCUCAUUGUGUGUAAAAGAUGGCUAUGUAUAUGAAAUAUUGAUGUCAUUAUUUUUCAUAAUAAAACGAGUGUGUAUCCAACGGGGGUUAACUUAUAAAAUGUUGCUGUGAAAAAUAUAGUUUCUCUGAAGCACUGUACUUCUCAUUGAUGAUGCUGAUUUUGUAGGUUGAGGUUAAUAUUUAAUUUUCUUUGCAGAAGGUGAUGAUGUGAGUCACAUUUUGCAGUGUGAACAUUCAUUGUUUGUUUAUAUUUUGCAGUAAUAAAUGAUGGAUGUUGAAGUCU